AUGGGGCCUGAUAUAUCAUAUUUAAACUCGACUCUCGGAAAAAUCAGCAAUUUGUUAGCUUUGGAGCUGAAAAAUAUUAUAGACUUCAGAAAUGGAAUAUUUUGAAUAAUUGUUGAUGCUGUUUAUGGGUUAAUAGCUUUAUGAGUUUCAAUGAGUGCUGUAAUCAUUUUUCGACUGGAUGAAAAAUAUUCAAGAUUUUUCCUGUUCAGACUUAUCGAUUGGCUUGCUGAUUUCAUGAUGCCUAUUUUAGGAAGUUUAUGCUUUAUUCCUUUUGUGCCAAUUUGUCUUGAUAUCUUUGUUUGUGAUCAUUCAAUAGGGGACAACUUCACAGAUAGUUUUCUAUCUUAUGACUGCUAUUAUUUUUGCUGGAAAGAUGAGCAUUUAAUAUAUGCAAUUUUGUCAUUUUUUGCUUUAUUGUGCUAUGAGCCACUUGCAGUAUUUUGUAGGCCACUUUGGCAAGAAUUACAACCUAUGUUGCAUGUAAAGUCUUCUCCAUAUUUUUUGAUGGUAAAAACAGUUAUUCAAGUGUUACUAAUUGCGAUGAAUAAAACAGUAAGAAGAGCACAAGACAUAACUCAUAGAAUUUUAUUUAUUUUCGUUAUGAUUUUUUAUGUUGUUUUUCUUUUAAAGUUUAAACCUUAUAACUAUCCAAGAUUCAAUUUAUGGCAAAACUUAAGCUUAAUAGGUGUUGUAUGGCUAGCAAUUCUAUCAACAAUAGCAUUGGGAGUGAAAGUAAACUCCAUAAUACUAACAAUUUUAUUGUUUAUUGGAUGGCUGAUUAUAUAAUUAAAUAUGGCGUCUUCGUCUGGGCAUGGCCUCCCGGCCAUGCAGCCUCGACUCAUAUUUAAUUAUAUCCGGCAAGGUUUUGCCAUUUCAGAGAUGGACGGCGAUGCUAGGUAAGCAAUUCUGGUGGUGUUCAGAGCCUAGCCCUAGACUAAUUUCAGAGAUGGUUUUUUCCUCAUGGGAAAGGAGACACGGAAGUUGAAAAGGGGAAGCCCAACAAAGUCCUCUGGACCAAUCGGGCAACUCCCUAGCGUGAAACGGGACGUUACGUCCCAGGCUACGUGUUUUUCCUUUUUGCCGACAGCUGACCAGAAAAAAUCCAUUUUUUGGGUUUUUCGGAAAAGAAACCCAUGUUACAGGACAGUAACUCAUCCAUGAGCCGUCAAAGCCGGUGACACUGGGCCCUAGAAACACCUUGGUGAUAGAAGCAAGGUCGUCCCCAGAGAUCUUGUGGGCCCGAUGCGACGAAAGGCGAGUGAUGGAUCUGGGGUUGUCACCCCGUAGUGGACUUUAAGCGGGUUAUAAAUUUUAAGUUAAGUUAAGUUAAGGAUGGCUGAUUAUAUAGAAAAUUCCUGGGGAUAGCGCGGAAUACGCUAUCCCCAGGACAACCGGGAUCGGAUCCCACAUGGAACGAGGAUUCCAUGUGUGGAUCCAUUUUUGACACGUGAAAGUAAAUAUCUCACAUGUCAAAAAUGGAUCCACACAUGGAACCCCCGUUCCAUGUGUGGAUCCGAUCCCGGUUGGUCCUGGGGAUAGCGUAUUCCGCGCUAUCCCCAGGAAUUUAGUAUAGUAUUAUAUGGGUUAUAUAUUCAAAAGAAAAAAUACCCUAGCUUAUUAUUUAGAAAGAAGCAUCAUGAUAUUACAAGCUUAUUCAAAUUUGCUUUCACUUUUGGCAAGCACUCUCAUAAAGCAUUGAAUAAAAUUAUUCCCUCAAGUAAUUCAUUAGAGCGCCAGGAUAAAAAUUAA